AUGCAAGCUUGGCUCACAGAAAAAGGAAUUCAGUAUGACCCAAAGUUACUAAAUCCUCAAUUGUAUAAUUUGAUAAAAGCCAACAAGGAAAGAUUCAAAACGUUCUGCAUAGACCGAAUCCUAGCUGAAGAAAAUCACCAAGUGCUAAGACUACCGCCAUACCACCCGGACCUGAAUCCCAUCGAAAUGGCAUGGGCCGCUAUUAAACAAUACGUAGCAAGCAAAAAUGUCAAAUGGAACAUUAAUAAGUGUCCAGAGCUUAUUAAGGAAAAGAUAUCACUAAUGAAUUACCGGGAUUGGGGUAAAUUAUGCAAAAAGGUGAAAGAUAUAGAAGAGCAAUAUGCUAACAGUGACCAUGUUGUAGACAUGCUUACAGAGGAAUUUGUUAUUCGCGACACUGAAGACGAUUCCGAAGAUGACAUUGAUUCCGAUGAUGACAAUGAAGACAACGACGACCGAAGUAGCCCAGAGCCCGGGCCCUCAAUGAGCAGAAGGCAUUGUACGGGCCCCGCAUACGAUAAUUUAAUGGAAGGCGUGAUGACGUUGUCAAACUCGGAAUAA